AUGGCAUCGUACAAGGCUCUCUAUGGUCACCCUUACCGAGCCCCACAGUGUUGGGCAGAAAUAGGAGAAAGAAGAUUGUUAGGUCCGGAGCUAGUUCAGGCUAUUACAGCUGGCAACCAUGUAUUCUUGAAGGUGUCCCCUAUGAAGGAUUUGAUGAGGUUCAGUCAGAAAGGGAAGCUAGCACCACAUUUCAUCGGGCCUUUCAAGAUCUUGGAUAGUAUGAGAGCCAUGGCAUAUCGCCUUGCAUUGCCUACUGCACUAGCCUGUAUUCACAACGUCUUUCACAUAUCUAUGUUGAAAAAGUAUACACCAAUCAAGUCGCACAUCAUCAGUUGGGAGAAGAUCGAGCUAACAGAUAAUGCCUCCUACACCAAGGAACCAAUCCGUAUCUUAGACCACAAGGAGCAGGUCUUGCGAACGAAGACUAUACCUCUGGUCAAGGUUCUUUGGUCGCAUCACGGGGAAGAAGAAGCGAUGUGGGAACGAGAAGCUGAGGUUAGGGAGAAGUACCCUCACUUGUUCAGUGGCAUACCACAGGAUGGGACUUUCAGCUAA